AUGUGCGCAAAGUACUCCUUCGAGAAGCCGAAUGAUAAGAGAGCCCUUGAUUUGAUGAACGCCGCCGCCCGGGUGGUGGUCACUGAGCUUCCAGACAUUACCAUUGCUUAUGGCGUUAGCGAUGAGUACAGUUUUGUCUUCCACAAAUCGUGUACGUUGUUUGAGAGAAGAGCCAGUAAGCUCGUUAGUACGGUGGUAUCAACAUUCACAGCAAACUACGUUUACCUGUGGUCACAACAUUUCCCUGAUUCCCCCCUCUCGCCGCCUCUCCCCAGCUUCGACGGUAGGGCAGUAUGCUACCCCAGCGUCUCAAACCUGAGGGACUACAUGAGCUGGCGUCAAGUUGACUGUCACAUCAACAACCUUUACAACACGACCUUCUGGUCCCUCAUUCAGCUAGGAGGUCUCGACAACAAAGCAGCAGAGCAACUCCUCGCCGGCACCGUUUCCGGCGACAAAAACGAGAUCCUCUUCUCCAAAUUCAAAAUCAACUACAACAACGAGCCCGAGAUCUACAAGAAAGGCAGCGUCGUCUUCCGCGACUACGAGCUCGUCGAGCCCGGAACCCACAACACCGCCGAAGCCGCAGACGCCCUCGCGGAGCCGCUCCAGCAGAGCAAGUCGCAGGCCGAGAAGGACAAGAAGAAGCGCGGCAAGGCGCGCGUCGUGAUCGAGCACCUAGACAUCAUCAAGGACGACUUCUGGGACAGGAGGCCCUGGUUGCUGUCCAACAAGCCGGGCAAGACUCCCAAGGAACCUUGA